ACACAGACACAGACACACACAAACUACAAAGUGAAAGUACAACUGCAUGAGUCUUUUGCUGCAAUUAAAUUAACUAAGUUAAUCUCAUCUCAGUCCAAUGAAUAAUGAUUUGUUUUGUGUUUGUAAUAAAUAGUCGAGGUUAUGUUUACGUUUUUCUUUCUUAUUUCAGUCCAGGCAGUUAGUUUAUUUGUAUAGGUAGUGGAAAGGCUGAUUGUUUGUAGUCUCAGUCUGUUUUGUCAGGUUUUGUGUGAUUUAAAAUCAAGCUUCCAUUAGGCUAAUUUAGUCUAAUCUCUCUCCAAAGCACACAAUUUUACAGCAGAAUAGGCAGUCGAUUUGAAGAAGAAAAGGAAAUUAUAUUGAUGUCGCAAGAAAGAUAACUUCGACAUAAUCUGCUAUUUAAAUGGGCCUACGGCAGCUAAAAAGAUAAAGUUUUUAUUAUACUAAAAGUACUACUCCAUGAUGAAAAAGAGGCAGUCGAUUUGAAGAGGAAAAGGAACUUAUAUUCAUGUCUCAAGAAAGAUAAUUGACAUAAUCUGCUAUUUAAAUACAUUAAACGGCAGCUAAAACGAUAGAGUUUUUACUAUACUAAAAGUACCUACUACACAAUGAAAGUAAGUUCACUAUGUAAAACAUGAAAUUCAAAUUAUACAUCACUUUUAUAUGGAUGAUGCAAUAUAUUUUGAUAACUACAUGAAAUAUAGAAGCAAAGUUUCUUAAGUAGGCUAAUUUAACUUGAUGGAACAUCAAAGUCAAGAAAAAAACGCAAAUUGCCUCGAGUAGACUAUGUUGUUUGAUAUAUAAUGCACAUAAUAAUUUGAGCAAGAGUUGAUACAAUUUUAUUGUUACAUAUAUAGGCCUAUAAUAACUGUUCGACAUUUAACAAAUUCUACAAAAAAAAACAACAAAUAUUUAAAUAGAAGUGCAAAGAAAACCGACUAAUUCCAAUUAGUUAUGGGCUCGUCUGUUAGAAAUCAGAAAUAAGAAAAAAAAAUGUUUAAUAUCACUAAAAAGCCUCUUAUUAAGUGUCCAAUAUGUAGAAAAAUGUUUUCAACUAUAUCAACAAUGAAGUGUCAUAUGUACUUACACACGGGCGAGCGUCGCUUUAGAUGUUUGACUUGUGAUAAAACAUUUAAUGAGCUAUGUAAAGUGAAGUGUCAUUUGUUGACACAUUCUGGGAAGUGUCCUUAUAAGUGCACUACAUGUGGAAAAUCCUUCAAAACCAAUGCCACUAUGAAGAAUCAUACAUUGGUUCACACAGGAGAGCGACCUUAUAAGUGUAUUACAUGUGGAAAAUCCUUCAAAACCAAUGCCACUAUGAAGAAUCAUUCAUUGGUUCACACGAUAGAGCGUCCUCAUAAGUGCAAUAUAUGUGGAAAAUCCUUCCUAACCAGCAGCUGUGUAAAGAAUCAUACAUUGGUUCACACAGGAGAGCGUCCUCAUAAGUGCAGUACAUGUGGAAAAUACUUCCAAACCAGCAGCUGUUUGAAGAUUCAUUCAUUGGUUCACACACGAGAGCGACGUUAUAAGUGCAUUACAUGUGGAAAAUCCUUCAAAACUAGCAGCCACAUGAAGAAUCAUACAUUAGUUCACACGGGAGAGCGUCCUCAUAAGUGCAGUACAUGUGGAAAAUACUUCCAAACCAGCAGCCGUUUGAAGAUUCAUACAUUGGAUCACACGGGAGAGCGACCUCAUAGGUGCAUUACAUGUGGAAAAUCCUUCAAAACCAGCAGCUGUAUGAAGAAACAUACAUUAGUUCACACAGGAGAGCGACCUUAUAAGUGCACUAUAUGUGGAAAAUCCUUCAAAACCAAGAAUGAAAUGAAGGUUCAUACAUUGGUUCACACGGGAGAGCGACCUUAUAAGUGCAGUACAUGUGGAAAAUCCUUCCAAACCAGCAGCCGUUUGAAGAUUCAUACAUUGGAUCACACGGGAGAGCGACCUUAUAUGUGCAUUACAUGUGGAAAAUCCUUCAAAACCAUCAGCUGUAUGAAGAAACAUACAUUAGUUCACACUGGACAGCGACCUUAUCAGUGCAGUACAUGUGGAAAAUCCUUCCAAACCAGCAGCCACAUGAGGAAUCAUACAUUAGUUCACACGGGAGAGCGUCCUCAUAAGUGCACAAUAUGUGGAAAAUCCUUCCAAACCAGCAGCUGUAUGAAGAAACAUACUUUAGUUCACACGGGAGAGCGUCCUCAUAAGUGCAUUAUAUGUGGAAAAUCCUUCCAAAUCAGCAGCUACAUGAAGAUUCAUACAAAGGUUCAUACGGGAGAGCGACCUUAUAAAUGUAAUAUAUGUGGAAAAUCUUUCCAAACCAGCAGCCGUUUAAAGAUUCAUACAUUGGAUCACACGGGAGAGCGACCUCAUAAGUGCAUUACAUGUGGAAAAUCCUUCAAAACCAGCAGCCACAUGAAGAUUCAUACAAAGGUUCAUACGGGAGAGCGACCUCAUAAGUGCAUUACAUGUGGAAAAUCCUUCAAAACCAGCAGCCACAUGAAGAUUCAUACAAAGGUUCAUACGGGAGAGCGACCUCAUUAGUGCAUACAUGUGGAAAAUCCUUCACAACCAGCAGCCACAUGAAGAUUCAUACAUUGGUUCACACUGGAGAGCGACCUCAUAAGUGAAUCCAUUUCGGUCUCAUAUGUGAUUAUCCAUCGGUGAAUCACAUUCAUGGAUCAAUCUCAUAAAUGGCAAACUGAAACAGGUCUACAAUAUAGAAAGUGGUGAAGGAAGUACUGUUAAUACUGUAAUACUGUUCUAUGAAAUGGUGACCAUACAAAGUGUAGGAUGAGUGGCACGAUCUUGUAGUCUUGUUAUUGACUAAGGCCGACAUUCCUUAGACACA